AUGUGUACCAUACUUCGAUAUGAGGCCUACCUGCACUUCACUCACCGUCCAUCACUCGACGUUUCCGGUACAGCUUGUUCAGAGAUCGACGGGCGAGCAAGGGCUCCGCUGUUAGUUAGGAGGACAGCAGAGCAGGGCGUCGAUUGUACCGAAAUUUUCGAACCAAUCCAAAGCUUCCGGGACAUCUUCCGCCCAAUAACGGCUGUUGUAAUAUGGAUAAGGAGAGAAUAG